CUACAAACUUAUUUAAUUAAUCUGCACGAACGACAAUGUUUUGGAAAUUUCAAUAUAAAUUAUUAUCGACCUUGGCAUAGCCAUUGACACCACGUGGACCAAGUUCAUUCUGUCCUCAACGCAUUCGAGCAACUUUAUCACAAAUCUAGUUGCUAAAACACAAUGAGGAUGAUCACAUUAUAUUUAAUUUUUCUUCAGAAUUUCUCCGUUAUGUUUAUUUGUGUGCUAAUUUUUCAAAUAAUUUCAAUUAGCCAGGCAUCAAGCACGUUUAAUGAAGAACUCACCUUGUCCCAAUUAGAAUAUUCAGCGUUAGCGAAGUUUAAAGAAAUAAUGCUCCCAAAAAUAAAAGUUGACUACAUGAAGGACGACAUUUAUUUGAUCAAAUGGUUACGAAGCCAGAAACUUGACAUCGACCGAGCCAGAAACCGCUUAUCUAAUCAUCUUUCUUGGCGGGAAAGUACAAAUUUUGAUAGAUUAACGGAUUCCGACUUUCAGGAAUUUGUAGGGGAUUAUCCGUACGAAAUUACGGGCGUAAACAAAGACGGGAGACCUCUGUUACAAUUUUACUCUGGAAUUUGGGAUUUGAGAAAAGCCGCACUUGCCGGAAAAAUGGAUAAACUUCUUCUCUACGCGUCCAAAAUGUUGGAGAAAGCGUGGCUUCGAGUUCGCGAUUUUCAAAUGGAGGGAAAGAACGUGACCAGAUUUGCAGUGAUUAUUGACCUCGAUAAGGUCAACGUGAGACAAAACUUGAAUAUUGCGAGCACGCCAUUCUACGCCGGAAUUGUGCUAGCGUAUGAACUUCAAUUUCCAAAGCAGGCUGAAGAAGUAAUUAUUGUUAAUUGUCCCUCAUUUAUGGAAGUGCCACUAAAUCUUGCCAAAUCCGUGAUGGAUGCUGAAACAAAACGAAACCUCAAAGUUUAUGGAACAAAUAAAGAAAUAUGGGCCCCAAUUUUGCACGAAACGAUUGAUCCGUCCCAACUCACUGCACCGUUUGGGGGGACGUUACCGUCCGAGUAUGGAUUUUGAAGGAGACGUUUGAUGAUGAAAUUACAUAGUGCUUCCACAAACUAGCCUGUUGCCUAUGGAAUUUGCAUUUGCCUAAAUUAAUAAAUAUGCAAUGUUUGUAAUAUGCUGAGAAAACAAAAGUUGUUUAAAAGCUGAUUAAAUCUAUCUAUCGAGUCUCAAAACCA